GUAAAUCUAAACAUGAUUCUUUCUGUAACAGUCCAUUACCGUUCGACGUGAAAAUUAGAAUCGGAAGAGUGAAAAUAAGACAGCAGCUCAAUCGAACGGCUGAGCCCAUGAUCAUCUCUUCCUUUAUCCUCAGACAUUUGAUUUCUUGAGUGAAAAUGCCGGUAAGAGUUGCCGAGACCUCAUCUUCAUCAUCAACAUUUUCGCCAUGUUCAGGUGGGACUCAGGGGAACACUAUGCCUCAACCUUGCGCACUUCUAAGUGCUGGACAGGCAUUCUCUGGAACACAGAAUGUCUCAAAUCAGCAAAAAGAUGAAGCGUGGAGAGUGAAUGUUCGAAUUCAAGGUUGCGACCUUGACCAUGGAUAUCUAUGUGGCACCAUGGAGGCCCUUAAUGUUCCCAUGGCUGACACACCGGUGGUUACUUUCUGGGAAGGAGAAAUUGUUGAUACCAAGAAUUAUACUUUCUUCACUGACAAAUGGGGGGCAGCGGCUGAAGAUGAUAUAAGGCAUUGGACACAGUUUCCAUCAUUUUCUCCCCUUCAGAGCAUGGUGGAAACUGAUGGUGGAAAAUCACUGGACUUGAGUAAUUACCCGCACAUAUUCAUGAGAUGGAAAGAACGAUACUUUGUGAAUGUUGGAACCGACUGUGGGUUGACAAUAGCUGGGUUUUACUAUGUUUGCUUCUCCUGUAACGAUGGCUCCAUUAACGGUUUCUAUUAUGAUCCUAACAGCAGCCCUUUUCAGAAGUUGGAACUAAAUAUCGCCAAUGAUGGAAGAUCAGGAUUCAGCUUCUCUUCAUAUGAGUUGGAGUGAAAUUCAUCAUCUGUUCUAGUCCAAAUACACUGAUGCUUCAUUCCAUGUUUGAUUGAUUGACCAAAUGGACCCAUCUUUUUGUCACUGUUUCACUUAGACACAAUGUCUGCACUUGAUGAAACCCAACAAUAUUCAUAAUAAUAAUACCUUAAUGUUCAGGUGAUUCUAAUUGAACUGAUCUAUUU